GCGCGUUCCCGCGGUCACACAUUUAAUGUCUGCGCGCUCCCGUCGAUCCAUGGCGCUAAUUUUGUUGCUGAAUAGCUAAUCAUUUCAGGAUUAAAGUACGUUUUAUGGACUAUUUGGACGACAAGAUGUUGCGGCAUUUGGAGAGCAAGGACAUGAAUAUGGCGGGCUCUUUUUCCAGUAUGCUUUGGAAGCUAAGAAACGAGUUCCGGUGGUGAAAUGCCUUUUUUCUGUCAGUCAGGAAGUUGGAGGUAGUCGCUUGCAGUAGGAAAGGAUUUUAUGUUUUGUUUUGGUCGUUGAAAGCUAUGAUAGACUAACUGUACCGUGCCGAGGGUUAGACAAGUUUGUCGUUUGAUUGAAUCGGAAACGAGCUGAAGUUGGACGAGUUUUGAAGUUUUGACCCUACUCGGGUUCCCUUCCUCCAUGUUUUUUUUUUUUUUUUGCUCCGAAAUGGAUUCCACGACACUAAUUAAGUCAACUGUGCAUCUCCAGAUGUUUAUACACAGUAAAAUUUCCAUAUUUUCCCAACAUGUCAGUACAUGGAGAACCUCUGAAGCAACACGUCCAAUCUAACCAUCCCACACGUGACCUUUUGGUUUGUUUUAUUGUUCUGCUGGAGAACUGUCAAUCACUGAGUGAUGAGAAUGCGUGCAACACGACGACGACACCUGUCAUCGCAGGUGGGAAUGACCACUCAGUUGGCCCUGCAGCGUUCCUGAAGCUUUGAAAAUCACGCCAGCGUCGCCACAAUGAAUGAACGACAGGCUCUCCACUCAAUCAUGAAAGACCUGGUGGCACUGCAGAUGACGCGGCGACAACCUGUCCUACCGUAUGACAGCGACGGUGGUAAACUUGAGACAUUUCAGGGUAAUAGACAGGAGGAUGUCAGGAUCAAAUUUGAGUUCUCAGGAGAGAGGAGGAUCCUCGUGUUUGGCAGACCUGUGCAGUUUGACGACGUCCAAUGCAAAGUCAAGCUGGUGUUUGGCCAACAACUGGACCUCCAUUACAUGAGUAACGAGUUAUCCAUCCCACUGCGAGGCCAGGAUGACCUCGACAAGGCUGUAGACCUGCUGGACCGAAGUGCCAACAUGAAAAGCGUCAGGAUCCUUCUGCUCGCCCAGCAACAUGAAAAUGCCUCCUUGACAACCCAGCACGUGCCUUCCAAGCAGGUUCGAAUAAAGGCCUCUCAAUCUACCGGAGAUGUUAGCAUUGCUUAUCCGGUAUCAGAGUCGAGAGGGCGCCACCUGUCCACCGGUUCCCAGAACACAGGUCGCAGCUCGCCACCUCCAGGCUACGUUCCGGAACGCCAGCAGAGGAUCGCCCGUCAAGGUUCCUACACCAGCGUCAACAGCGAGGGCGAGUUCAUCCCUGAGACCAGCGACCAGUGUGUUCUGGAUCCCUGGAGCAGUGCUGAGAACUCAGUGUCUGGAAGUUGUCAGUCUCUGGACAGUAACACAGACAGCCCCUCCCAGAGAAAGUCUCGCAUGUACCGAGCCAAGAGUUAUCCAGACAACAGGCAAGAGUUCUCAGAUAGGGAGAACCAUGUCUACGACCGCAUAGUCGGCAAGGGAGGCACGUACCCUCGUCGCUACCACAUCUCAGUGCAUCAAAAGGACCUCAACGAAGGGCGUCGCACUUUUCCACGCAUCCGUCGCCCGCAAGGGAACCUCUUCACCCUUGUGCCUUCGCGCCGCUCUCUCAACGGAAGCGAAGAAAGCAUCGGGAGCUGGCAGCUGAUGGACACCCAGGGCAGGCUCCGACCACAGGAAUGCUCCGUUGCCCAUAAAUCCCCCAGUGCUCCGGUGACAUGGCGCCGAGGAAAGCUCCUGGGCCAGGGGGCAUUUGGGCGUGUUUACCUUUGCUAUGAUGUGGACACAGGACGCGAGCUGGCCGCCAAGCAGGUCCAGUUCGAUCCAGACAGUCCUGAGACCAGCAAGGAGGUUAGCGCCUUUGAGUGUGAAAUCCAGCUGCUGAAGAACCUUCGCCAUGAGCGCAUCGUGCAGUACUACGGCUGCCUGAGGGACCGCAAUGAGAAGACUCUCACGAUCUUCAUGGAGUACAUGCCUGGGGGUUCUGUCAAAGACCAGCUGAAGGCUUAUGGUGCGCUGACAGAGAGCGUGACCCGGAAGUACACCCGUCAGAUCCUGGAGGGAAUGUCCUACCUGCACAGCAACAUGAUCGUGCAUAGAGAUAUCAAAGGAGCCAAUAUUCUGCGGGACUCAGAGGGCAAUGUCAAGCUGGGCGACUUCGGGGCCAGCAAGCGUUUGCAGACCAUCUGCAUGUCCGGAACUGGCAUACGAUCAGUGACGGGCACCCCCUACUGGAUGAGCCCGGAAGUCAUCAGCGGGGAAGGCUACGGCAGAAAGGCCGAUGUCUGGGGUCUUGGCUGCACGGUGGUGGAGAUGCUAACGGAGAAGCCCCCGUGGGCCGAGUACGAGGCAAUGGCGGCCAUCUUCAAGAUUGCCACACAGCCCACGAAGCCUCUGCUGCCAGCAGGCACCUCCGAGCAGGCGCACGACUUUGUCCGCCGUAUCUUUGUGGAGGCCGAGCAGCGACCCAGCGCCGAAGACCUGCUCAGACACCCCUUUUCACACAGCUAAGAUGGCUGACGCGUGUCGAGUAUGUGGAGCUGCCGAACGAAGCUCGCAGGUGAGGUGUGUAAAACCAUUACUGUAGCUGAUUUUUAGUUUAAUAUGCUUUGAAUGUGAAGGGCACACUUUUAUAGGAGUCUUUAUGAGUUAACGAACAGGGAUGUCAUCUGCCCUCUUUUGUUUGGACCAUGUAGCAAUCCAGUGACAUGUACGCAACAGAUUUAUUUAAAAGUCUCCUUUAAAAUUCAGAGUAAAGUACACUGUAUGGACAAAAGUAUUGCGACACUUGACCAUUGGUAUGAUAAGUUUCAAAUUAGUGUUGUGCUUUUAAUGUAAAUUUUUGACUUAUUCUGGUCAAAGUUAAUGUUUCAAGUCAGGGUUUCCGGCCUGUGUGUCCAAGGGUUUUCAAAUGAUUGCCUAAAUGAGGUGUGUCCUUUAACUUUUGUCCACAUUGUUAUUCACAUCUUUUUUAAGCUCUUUUACAAUGCACCUUGUUCAUUAAGAAUAGAAAGUUGUUCAGUUGGUCUCAAGAAGGUUUGUAGUCAAGCAUUACAGUAUGUGCUAUGAAUCAGUGCUUGAUUAAAUGGGUUUCAGGGUUUGUGCAGAGUUGGUAGAGGCAUUUUGAAGUAAGUUGUUAUGAGUUACAUGACCAGGAACGUGUUGUUGUUGUUGUUUACUUUUUGCUGGAUGCAAUGUGCAGCUUGAGGUCGCCAAAUCCACACUGUCAAGUUUUCCUUUCCAAAAUGACAGGCUGGUCAUAAUUAAGUUUCAGCAUUUUAUUUUUUUAAAAGACACGGAUGCCCAAAGAACAAAGCCUUAGCGAAUGAUUAUCUAAUCAGGUGCACUUUUUAAAAAUGAAUGUUAUCAAUUAUAUUUGUUUUUACUGAAACGCGACUUUUUUAUGUAUUCCCCUGUGCCAGUUCACUUGGAUUUUUGUAUUUUAUUAUAUGUAUUUUUUAUACUCCAGUUGGUGUUGUCAUGACAAAUAUUGAGUAGAAAGCAACUGGUUUUGCAAACGUGCCCUGAAAAAAAAAAUCAUAAGUUCUUUUUAUCUACGCGGGAAACAAACCUUGGCUGGCCAGGUUCUAUUAGAGGGUUUAAAUAAGGCGUUAAUUCUGACGACAUUCGGAUUAUUUUGUUUAAAUGGACAUCUUAAAUUACAUUUUCUUCAUAACUAAAUCAAGAAAAUGUGGAGGGUGGUUUGUUGAGCCAAAUGACGACUUUGUUCACCUUGGGCAGGGUCCAUUCUUCUGCCACAACAUUAGGUAUACCUGCAUUAUAUAACGCCUUUUUUAACGUGAUAAGAUCAUGUAGACUUCCACAAUAAUAAAGAAUAAAGAAAACUUAUUUUUGUAUUAUUUUAUUUUAUUUCAUUCAUCUUUUGUACCACUUAUCCUCACGAGAGUCUCGGAAAUUAUUUUAUUGAAUACACUCAAAAGUGCAGUAUGAAGAAAUAUUAGUAUUUUAUAUUAAUAUAUAUUUUUAUAUUACAUUUGUUGCUGUUAUUUGAUGUUCUGGUUAUCAUUUGCUGAUAGCUGUUCCUAAAACUUUGAUUAGCCAUUUAGGUAAAAAUAUUUUAAUAACUGUUACUCAAAAAAAUAUUUAUAGUUUUUUUUUUUUUUUUUUAAAGGGCAGCUCUUGUAUUGGGUGUGUCAUUUGCAGAUGUACCUAAUGUUGUGUCUGAUGAUAAAAUAAAACUAAGGAUGAGCAAAUGAGCAUGAGCUAGUUUAGAUGUUUCUAUAUGAUGUUCAUGCAUAUUUAUGUUCAUGUUACUCAUGUACUGUAUCAUUGUAUCUAUGUUGUGACGGGACUUGCGGUGCAAAGUCAAAAUGUAUUUUACAGAAAGAAGAGUUUAAAUUCUUUUUAUCCACACAAAGUGCCU